AUGGCUUUUCUCGUCACUGAAGACACCUACUCACUCCCCACCUUUAAACUCCUUGUAGUCAGUACUGCAUGGAUGAGGCACAUUCUCCACUAUGUGAAGUCCAUUGCCCUUGCAGAACAGAAGCACAUAAGGGCCCAGGGAUCAGUGCAAUCUUGCUCUGAGACUUCUAAGCUGCAAUCUCGCAAGCAACAUGGUUCUUCACCCUUUUGUCCUAUCAUCAAUGAUGAUGAGCUAAUCUUCCUGGCCUGUGCCUUAUGUAAAGGCUUGAAGGGCUUCUGGCUGUCAUGUUGUUCUGUCACCAGUGAGCGCAUGACUCCAUCAACCUUGCUUGCAUAUCGAGAGCUGCUUUCAUCAGUGAGAGCAGCCCCAGGUGGAACAGAUGAAGAUGAUGCUUCUGGUAUCAUGCAGGACAAAGAAGGACAUAGAGAGGGAGGGGGGGAGGUUGAAAACUUUGCUGCGACAUCAGUAUGCAUCCACAAUUUGCCGGUCAAUGUGUCCACGUACACAAUAUACUCUACUGCAACAGCAUGUGCAUCAUCAAGUGCAGUGCUCGACACCAGCAAUCUGCACAAAGAUGUCAAAUUUGCUCUGGUAAAGUCACUGGUAGCUCCUUUCGCCCCCGGCGUCCUGACCAAAUGA